CGGGAAGGUAUGGCGGCAGGUGUGUUGUAGCGAGAGAACAGGUUAUUUCCUCCACGACUUUCACGUUGUCUUGCAAUAAUUAUGCCCCUGUUAAUUUUCAUAAGCCAUAUCCUAGCAUGAGCACAAAUUGGUCGUGGGAUUGCAAUCUGCGAAGGGAUGUCUUCGUCCCGUUGUCGUGCCGGGUAUUGAAUUUGGCGGUGAAAUCUCCCUGGAAAUCUAGGAAUGACAGCGGAACACGAAUUUAGACAGCAACCUAAGCCUUCUGAGAUCGCUUUGCCUGACAAAUUAGCGAAAAUCAAGAAAGCAGAUGACUUCCCGGCCAUAAAGUACAAGUGGAACACUAAUGAGGUACGCUUGAUUUUAGUUUAUGACUAAAUAUUUUUGGAAUGAGUUGUAGACUUUGAAAUCGGGACAGACUUAGUUUUCCUGUCUUGUUUGCAUAUAGUGUCAAUAGGACGUUGUCAACGAUUUUAUUUUCUAUGAACGCUGGACUCUUGUUCACAUUUUGGUCUUACCCUUUGUGAGUAGUUACGUCGUGAAAAUUGUUCAUCAAGUUUAAUUUCUAAAAUCAAAUCAUUUGAGGCAUAAUCGUUCGUGACGGCCAAGUCAGAAUUAAAAAGGUUUUCGACUGGCUCUUAUUUGUUUAUUUUUUGGAGGUUUCCUCUAGACGGUAAGACGUGAUCUCUCAUUAGUAUUUCUUUUGGACAAGGCCCAAUGUUAGAUGAAGAAAAGAAGCAUUUGCGUGUCUCAAAUUUUAUUUUCUCUCAAACGGAAAACAAGCUGUAGAGUGUAGAUUCGUGACAUUAUUCCUUGUUUCGUGUCCACUAAACCAAAGCUCUAACAUGGGGGGUACGGCGUUGCUUGUCGGUCUUAAAAUAUUAUCCUUACUUUUUGUGUUUUAAAUAUAUCUGUGGUAUUUGCUAUAAAAACAGCUUACGAUAUUUUAUCUUAAGAAAACACGGACAUGUUUGAAUACGGACUUGUUUUUGUUUCCACUUAUAGUCGUUUUGAGGUCGAAUAGAUCGUUUUCUGUUCAGAGCGCAUAUUUUUCCUUCCAGAGAAAUUUGUAUAGAUAGGUGGAUGCUGUGAAAAAUUAAAUUUGACGGCAUAAUUCCAUCCCUUCUUUUCAGUGGUACUGUCAUGCAAAUUUGUUAUCUUAGAGAUGAAUAUUUUAUUGGAAAUCUUUCACUCCUUGCGAAAGGCCUUUGGCUAAUAUAGCUCACAGAAAAUCUUUUUUGCUGAGAUGUAAUCUUGAAACCAUAUCAUUGUCUUGGGACUAUACCUUCCACCUAAAAACUGUCACAAGUGUAGUAGAUGAAUUCACCAAAUUGUGAAACUGAAAAUAUUUGUUUAUUUCUCUAAUACUAGUAAUAUCCUUUCCACAUGCAUACAGAUUUAUUUUUCUGUCAAAAAUAAUAUUAUUAUUUAUUAUUAAUGAAAGUCAUGUGUUGGUAACUUUCCAUGUUAUAUACUAUUAGACUUCAUGAUUUUGCCCAGGAUAUUUUGAGAAAAAAAAUAAUUACUUGAUUGAUUACCCUUUCUUUAACAUAUCUGUUGAAAAUUUUAUGGAAAAGCAAUAUCUUUUUCUUGAUACAUCUUUUGUAGGUAAUUUAUUGUUGUUUAUAAUUGGCUUUGUCUAUGCAAACAUUCCAGGUGAAAGGGAAACUUUAAGAACUUUAAAGAAAUCUGAUUCCAGCUUGUUUUCAAGCACCAAUGUUAUCAAGUGUGUUUUAUAAACACAAAACCAAAUGCUUUUUAUCUCAAGAGAUUCUGACAGCUAUUGUAUAAGUGAUCAUUAACAAGAUUAAGGCCAUAUUUGCAUAGCAACAUACCUUUUAAAGUUUUGUUUUGCCUAAUUUCUCAGUGGAAAAUUUGAAAUUUUAAAACCAAUUUCUGUUUGCUUUUAACAUGAAAUUUUUCUCUUUAGCAUAACAAAGAUGUUUUUUGAAAAUUUAUCAUGAGUGAUUUCAUUUAGUAAUUAUUUUUUGUUUGCUCAGAUCUUAGUACUUGUAAACUUAGAAGUCAGCUUUUAUCAUUCUGUCACUGUGUUGUACAUUAUUUUCUUGAAACAUGUUUUCUACCUAAAAUGUUUAAAUUUUCUGAUGGUUUUCCUUUAGAAAAUUUUAUUGCCUCUCUGUUCUGAAAAGAUUGCCUUAGGGGAAAUAAUUUUUAUGUCUACAUGAUCAAAGUAUUAUGAGUGGAAAUCAAUAAUUAAGUGAGAUUUAGCAGUGGAAUUAAAAACAGUAUACAAAAAAAGCCAUGUGCAAUGUAAAAUGGGGCAUAUUAUCUUUAAUUUUGGUAUGGAAGAAAUGUGAGUCUGGUCAGAUUGCUGGCCAUGUAGAUCAGUGGCUUACCUUAAUCUGGGAAGAGUUCACUCUGGCACUCUAGCCACUGGAAUAAAUGGCUAAAAUUAUACUGUAAAUAAGUUAUUUAUAAUGUAUCAACCAACAGACAACUGGUAUAAGUUAUUAGUAUAAGCUGCUUUUUGGCACUGGUGUUUCCAUGUAGAGCCUGUUCUGGAGGAGUGAGUCAUCUCUAGACACCAUAAUCUGUCUCAAUGCAAUAAUUAUUGAACCUUGUCUUGUUGUUACCUUUCUUUACCAGACAAUAUUUCUAUAAGCUCCUAGCGCCAGUUGUUCAAAACCUGGAUACACUAUCCACCAGAUAAAUCGCUAUUCAGAGAAUAAGUACCAGCCAGGACACUAAUAUUGCACUAUCUGUUAGAUAGAGACUUAUCUGGUGGAUAGCGUUAUCCACCUUUUCAACAACUGGGGCCUGAAGAUGCCAAACUUACACAAUGCUACUUCUAUUAGUGUUCUCUUGGUUAUCAGUUAAGUAUGAUCAGUAAAGUGAACUGGAAUGAUAAACAAGGAAGUACAUGCAGUCUAUGAAUGUUGUUAUAAAUUAUAUCUGUUGCCGAUAGCAAUGCAUUCCCUAAAUUCCCUGAAGGGUACUUUUGCAUUUGAGCGCCAUGUUUAAAAUUCAGUUUUGAGCUAGCAGUUGACAUGAAGAGAAGAAUUGAGAUAUAGAAACCGAAGACCCAGAGACAAUUCACGCUAGUCCAAUCAUUCUGUUAACGCUUUUGAUGUAGAAGUGAAAACAGGCAAGCCCGAUUUCGGUGCGUGAAUGGUGAAUAAACUUGAAAUGUUAAAAAAUACUGAGACACUGAAAAUCAAAUGAAUCUUCAAGAACAGCGAAAUGACGACAACAAAUGUUCUACUACUAAAUCCUUUUUGCAUAUACUGAGUGCUAUUUAAAGUAAGCCACCGAAUGAUCAGUACAUGGAGGAAUCAGUUCUUUGGCUGUCUCUUUUAGGGAGGUAGUAGUCUCUUACAAGGUCCAUAAUUCUUACUUUCCCCUCAUCUUAAUCCAUGCACGGAUUUGUUGUCCUUAAUGUUCAAUGCUUGCAGCGUAAUAAAUUUCAGAUCAUUUUCACGUUAUUUCUUGCAAAGAUGAUAAGGAAGCUGAAGAUUUAAAUAUUCAAUACGUGUCAUUCUUUUUAUUUUUAGGAGGUACUUUCCUUGCUAACAAGUUUGAGCAACCAUGAUGCGUGGGUAACAAGAGAAGUUGCUGACAGGUAGCUACAAAUUAUUUGCCUUUACUAAUGAAUUAACUUAAAAAUAGAUUGUUACUGAACUUUAAUUACGCAGGCCGUAAUGGUGUAAUGCCAUGUUUUGUACUUUUUUUCGGCGUGAAGCAUUUUAGAAAAGAAAUAAUUGAAGUGUAAGACAAGUAUUAUACACAGGGCCUCUGAUGUCAUUCGAUAGUACUGUUUUGUAUAAUUGAUCUCAAAUUGCAGCCAAUCACAUAAUUCAUAAAAGGUUACAAUGCUGAUUUAAGGGUAUUUUGUUUUGGAAACAUCAUGCAGAGCUCUUGAAAUUUCUAAUUUUGGUGUGAAACGAAGAACUAUUAUUUUAGGCAAUAAUUGCUUAAAAUAAUAGUUAUUGUUUAUCAUCAAGUCUCAUCCCGACAGUAGACGCAUAAGGCCUCCACGCUGUCUGACCAACACUUUCUGUCUUGUACAACUGCUUUGGCUACUUCCCAGCUCUUCCACCCAGCUUUGUUUCACUUAAGCAAUUGUUUAUACUUGUUAGAAAUUGCACAAAUUAUUACUUAUCCCACAAUAGCACUUUUUUGUUGCAUUAUGUGACCUCCUAGCUAGAAAUACCUCAUAAUGUACUUGAAUGCUUGGGCACCCUGUCAGAAGACCUGAUUACAGCAUAAAGCAUGACAUUUUUCUCUGGUGACUUAAUUGCUGCUAUCAGACAACCUUAUUGGCCAAGCAGAGAUUAAAAUUUUGUUAUGGUUAAGAUUUUAAUCCCUUAUGAAGAGAGUGUGAAAAUAUUUUUUUUCUGGGGAUUCUCUCAUUAAUGUUGACAUUAUUACUUGAACAAAAUAGUAACAGAAUAGUUAUCAUCCUCGUACUGUGAACUCAGUUAAUCCUAAUUAUUUUGGAACAAAGUAUUUUUAUGAAGUUUCAGAUACAAUAGAACCCCCCGUAACUUGAAUUCUGAAGGGAAAUGAAAAACAGUGCAAGUUAGUGGGGGUUCGAGUUAAUGGGGUCGAUUGCAAAAUUCAAUUUGCCAUGUAUCAUUCAGCACUUCAGUGUAUAGUGCAGUGCAAAUUUAACUUACACUGUAUUUCAUCAGAAACAGUAACAUGAUUAGGCAUUUUUAAAUGAGAAAAUGUGAUUUGUUUGUUGCAACAAUUAAAAUCAAAUUGAUGUAUACCACUGUAGGCGACCAGUGUUAGUCUUAGUGUUUUUACCGAUUAUGCAAAAAGAAGAGCUAAUGGGAUGGCAUCUGAGUAAAGUUACAAGAACCAGAAUCAAAUUCGAGUUAUCGGGGUACAUUUCAGUGAAUUUUUGAUCAAGGGAGGGGAAAUUUAGUUCAAGUUAGGGGGGAAUUAGAGUUAUUCGAGUUCAAGUUAAUGAAGUAAAAACAACUGAAAAGUGGGUUGAAAUCCAAGGGAAAUUGGACUUCGUUCGAGUUGGUGGAGAGUGCGAGUUAUCUGAGUUCGAGUUAUCAGGGUUCUGCUGUAUUAAUUUAGAAACAUUAUAUACUGUUUAAUUAUUCAUAUUGCUCAGAUGACACUGUAGGUUGUGACAUAACCUGCACAAAGAAAAUAUGUACACGUAGGUACUGAAAUUUUUAUUAUUUUUGUCUUUUGAUUUCUCUUAGGCCACAAAAUGGAUCUAUGUUUCUUUUUGACAGGAGCAAGGUUUGUAGGGCUUGCUUAUUAGGAUAAUUUGUUUACCAGCUGUCACAAAAAUUUGUUGGAAAUGUUGAUUUAUAAAAUGUGGGAAUAAAAUGUGACAAUUUUGAGUUUAGCAGACAGGAAAGAUGGGUUCAUCUUUCCCACUUGGUUUUCUGAUCAUGAAACAAGAUUCAUCCCCUCAAAUUUCCAGCCCUGAAUCCAGCCGUAGUAAAAAUAAGUAACGCAGUGUUGUUGUUAGCAUGCCAAUAGAGUAUAAAGUGGCGGGGCAUUACCCUAAUAUGCAAGGCUGUCACUAAAAAUUCAAGUUGCCAAGUAUUAUGCAGUCAUUAGCUGGGCAAUUGUACAGCAAAAAAGCUCAUUUUGUUCUAUUUUGAUUUUGUUCCCCUUGAAAAGAGCUGAGGGUCAUACAGUGUUGUACCUGUACUAUGCAGGGAAAGGCUUAGAAGUACAUUGUAAUUGAGUCAUUCUUAAACAGACAAGGAAACACUCCAGCUUUUUACCCAAAACAUGUUAGAAUGCUACACGUCUUGCACUGUGUAGUGCUAGUAACCUUCGCGCGAGAGAAAAAAGAAAGAGAACCACUGUUCAAGCAGACUCUCAAGGUCACGUUUCACAUUAUCACGAGCUUAUGAGUCGUGUUUGGCCUGUCAACGCUUAUUUCUUACUAUGAUAUUUUUUGACAGUGCUCUGUCAUAACUCGUGGGAAGAAAUCUCACUCGGGCUACUGAUUUUGCCGGAGAAAGUUACGAGAAAAUAUCUCGAAUCUCCUGAGAAAGACACUUACACGCACUACGACAUGUCAGUGACCUGCCAUCACUGCAACCUAGUCAGAUACUAUCAUACCGGUUCAGUCCAAAAAGCAUUUUUGACCUUGAAGGAAACACAACAUAAUGCGGAUCAAAGAAACACCUACGCUAUUGGUCACUUUUGCAGCCAAUGGCAAGUUAGUAUUUUUGGUCCUAGCCACCAGUAUUUAAACAGUCUGCUUCGCUCUCUGUACCUAAGACUUUACCAUAGUAGCAACUGACGAGGAACGCUAUAGUUCCGAAACUGCAGUCUUGCUUAAGAAUCCAUAGCAGUCGCACAGACGACUGUUUAAAAAACUUAAGAAAAACCUUGAGGAAAACAAGACCUAGUUCAAAGACUCACUUAUGUUAAGAAAAACUAAAUGGACUGUGUGAGCGCUAAGAGAAUUAUCUUGACUGACGCACGGCAUAUUUCUCCAAACUUGGUGUAGCUUUAGUUUUUAAGCUACAGUGUACAACUCAUAUCUGAAGAUCGCACUAUCCGUGGAAAUUCAAAAUCCUGUAAACCACACUAUAGAGCUGGGCCCAGAGUCAUACUGACAUGGCAGGAAAUAAUCACAUUCACAGACAAAGAAACUUGCAUGCAUGCAUGUAGUUAUUCAGAUACAGCCAUUUCGGAGAAAACCAAAAAAACUAAAAUCUUUAUUCAGCCGUAAUAAACAGAGGUCAAAGGAUAUAAAACACUUAACAACUGCUUCUGAAAUCAAAUCCUGCCAGGGACACCUAGUACAGAAGCAUAAACCACAGGAAAUGAUUACUCAGUAUGCAUGUAACAAACCUGCUUCAUGACCUCUAAAAUAAGACUUAGUGCGGCAAAAACAAGAUUUACUCAGUCAAAGUUUAGAAUGCUACGCGUCUUGCACUGUGUAGUGCUAGUAACCUUUGCGCGAGAGAAAAAAGAAAGAGAACCACUGUUCAAGCAGACUCUCAAGGUCACGUUUCACAUUAUCACGAGCUUAUGAGUCGUGUUUGGCCUGUCAACGCUUAUUUCUUACAUCUUCCUUUGAUGCUCAUGUACAUGUAGUGGCUUGUGAUUGCUACUGAAACACAAAACAGCUUUCAUAAGGUCCUAAAUGGAGUUCUAAUGAAGUGAAGACCAUUAAUUGAAGGGUCUUGUUAUUUAUCUGAGUGGUUUACAAUGUAUCUUGACUUAUAUGGGUAGCUCUGUCCUCUGAUCAUUCUCCAUGACCCCUAUGUUUGGCAGAAAAGGGGGUCCAGGGGCUCCCCAAGUAAAAUCUCUUCAUAUCAACACUAGUUAUGCGUUGUAUUUUGUGAAAUUUGGUUAUCUCUUGAAGGGUGGAGUGAUGGUUAAAGUUUUGAUGCCACAUUGUUGAUCUGUGACCAUUCUGUCUCAAUAUUUAGGUCAAACAUUAUCGCAAAGAUGGCUACACGUGGAAGAAAAGAAGAUCAGGAAACACAAUCCGAGAAGAUCACACUCGACUGAAAGUUGAAGGAAUUGAGGUAAUAGUUAAACUACUGCCUCAGAAACAUUGGAAGGUAGAAAAAAAUACCAUGAAGUGGAUACCAACUGCUAUAUGAAUAACAUGGAGCAAUUUAGGUUUCUGGGAAACUGCCCACCUACCCCUCCCAUAACCUAACAUUAUCACUUACUUCCCACUUAGGGCAAAAUGAUGGCUUAAAGGAGGGGUACGUGGGCAGUUUCCCGAAACCUAAAUUUAUCCAAUAAUAUCUGGUAAAAAAAAUAAACAACCAAAAAACUGCUAAGGAAAAGGCAAACGUUUUCAACUUUACAGGGAAAGUAUUGGAUUUGCCUUUUGUAUCAUAUAUUAAAAAUUGUGCAGAACUAGGAGGUUGUCAUCAAUAAUGCUGCACAUUUGAAAAAAUGUUUGGUGUCGGUAUUACAUGUAGAGUGAAAGUUUUAGAGUUGGAGAGGAAAUUUUGCCAUGUUCUUUCAAUAUUAAGAGCUGAAUCUUCUGUUAGUCACAAGACAAAAUGGAAUAUGGUGGUGUUAAAGAUUAGAUUAUUGGAAUUUUGAGGAUUUGUUGGGAGUUAUUUCAGUCUGUGUUGUUUUCUCUUGUAGUGUUUGAGUGUACUAUACACACAUUCAGCUCUGGUGCCCACAUUUCAUCGCCGCUGCUAUUGGCUGCUUCAGGUAUUUCACUUGUUUAAAAUUUUUAAGCCCUAAUAUCCACAUACAAAUUCUCCUGAUCGAUUUUCAUGCAUUUCCUUGGAGAAUAAAUUGAGAGAGUUUAGUAAAACAUCAAAUCGUUUUUUUCCUGUGGUGAUGAUAUUAUUAAUUCUUCUAACCUUUUCUGUUCAUGAUGUAUGAAUAUUGUGAGGUGAAAAUAUUGAUGUUGGUCACUUUUGUCGCUCAAAAAGGGUUAAAGUCACAACAGGAUGAGUGGGUCUUUUAUUUGUCCCUCUUACUUUUAAAUCCGUGGAUGAAAUCCUAUGAUGUUACCAUUUAAAUGAAUUCUCUUUGGCAGUACUUUCACAUGGUACUAAAGAUUUUGUUAAGUAUGUAGUACUAACUUUUGAGUCUGUGGAUGAAAUCCUGUGGUGUUACCAUUCAAAUUAAACCUCUUCAGCAGUACUUUCACAUGGUACUAUUUACUUGGAAUGUAGUUCUAACUUUUGGGUCCGUGGAUGAAUUCCUAUGGUGUUACCAUUUAAAUGAAUUGUCUUUGGCAGUAGUUUCACAUGGUACUAUAGAUUUAGUUAAGUACGUGGUUCUAACUUUUGAGUCCGUGGAUGAAAUCCUAUGGUGUUGCCUUUCAAAUGAAUCCUCUUAAGCUGAGCUUCUUCAUGGUGCUAUUUAAUUUUAAGGAUUUUACAAUUUUAGAAAUUUGGAAUUUUUAGUUUAGGGUUAUUAAUAAUAUCGAAAAUUAUGUAUGUGUUGUAGAAUCCUCAGAUUGUGUUGGUGCAUUACCUGAACCUAGUUGAAGAAUGCAGCAAGCCCAUUACAGUGUCAGUAUACAUGUCACCAGAUAGUCACGAUGAUAUUUCACAGCAGCUGAAAGCCAUCUGUAAGUAUGUGCUCUGAAUAUGCAUCAGUCAAUUCAUAGACUGUUAUGGUUGUGGUACCUGUGACUGAUUGUGGGAUUUUAAAGUGCAUGUAACAGAUGGGAGUUGGGUUAGCUCCUUUGUUUGUACGGAAUGCAAUAGGGGAAGGGUUCAUCCUUUUUUUCAUUUGUGCCCUCGAGCUUUUAAAAGAAAAUAGUGUGACUGCGAACAGACUCUAUCUCCUUUCUUUCGUAUUUGCGGGUGACAAGAGGAGCCCGGAAUCCUAAUCUCCAGGUUGUUUUUACGCGUGCGUGGCAUGUAUGUAGCCAGCAUUCGUUUGGACUUCCACUAAGAACGAAUGGAAUGCACAGAACGCACUUUGAUCACGCGCGUUUGGAAAUUCUAUCUCUCGUUAUCUGAUCACGCGUACGUAAAGCACAGCGCUGCAGAAAAAGCGUUUUGACCCUCGAUCGUUGUCGCCCGCACUCCGUAACCUUUGGUUAUUACUAGUUUAAUUGUAAUUAUCUGUCUCCUUGUAAAACAAGACAGCACUGUUUUCAUGUGCAGGUUUUAGCGACUCCUCCUGCUGUUCCAUUUGAAAUCUCCAAGGCUUCUUUUUGUUUUGCUUCAUUACUCGAAUCAGUCAUAAAAUUUUGAUAAAAACUUCCAUGGCCAUUUUAGUUCGGUAAUUACCCUAGAGAGUGAAUGCUGUUCUUGCCACUCCUAUAACGGCUGCUAUUAAACUAAAAAUUUAAGGAUGACUAUCUAGCCAGCUCGGAAAAAAGUGAGUAAAAUUUGUUUAUUUCAAUAGAUUCGGGUGUUUCUCCUGAUGUCAAGCCUGAAGUCACGGUAAGUAUUUCCAAUCCCAGAACCAGCUAAUAUGGCUGUUAUCAAACAGUAAUAUUUUUUAUGCGAAAGGAUAUCAGUUUUAUUGGCCAAUGUGUAGUUCCAGAAAACAUCCAUACCCUCCUGACGGAGGGCACGUUUUCUUUAGACCCCCCACCCCCUUGAGAUUUCCAUUCCAGGGGGUGCUUGUCGUACCCCCUACCUCCUGGAAUUUCCGUGAUUUUCCAUCUUGGUUGGAAACCUCCUGGAAAAAGCAAGCAAAACGUCGAGAAAAUUAAAAUACCUUAUUGGUACUAAAGUUCGAGCUUUUCGCAAUUGUAAAGAAAAAUAAAAUGCCUUAUUGGUACUAAAUUUCGCGGGUCUUUAAUUUCGGAAUUUUUUUACAAUAAAAUUAUCGCGAAAAGCGCGAAAUUAAAGACCCGUGAAAUUUAGUACCAUUGAGGUGUAAAAUUCCAAAAGUAAGCCCCGGGGCUUAUAUUUUUCAAAGGCCCUUUUUGAGGGGCUUAUUUUUGGAGAGGCUUAUAUUCGGAUGGGCUUACCUACGGAGGGAAAUUUACAUCUCAAAAUCGAUUGGGCUAGCCUUAUAGUUGGAAGUAAAUUUACCGUUUUUGCUUUGUUUUACUUUGUAUUUGAGGGCAAUUUUCCAAGUACAAGCCCCCGGGGGGGCUUAUAUUUGGAUGGGCUUAUUUUCGGAAUUUUACGGGGGUAUUUUAAUUUUCUUUAUAAUUGCGAAAAGCGUUAAAUUAAAGACCCGCAAAAUUUAGUACCAAUAAGGUAUUUUAAUUUCCUCGACGUUUCGUUUGCUUGCCGUGACAGUAAAAUUGCACAAUGUUUAUCUUUCGCAGGUUUCUGAGGAGAGUCCCCCUGCCUCACCAUCUUCAUCAGAGGAGGGUGAUACUUCGUCUACCAAAGGCAAACAACAACAAAAACGAAACAAGGCCAUCUACAAGAUCUCCAUUUCUCCAAAUAAAAGCCUACAAGCCGUGCCACAAAAUGAUAAAUUAAGCCUAAAGGUGAUGAAAGUCACUAGAAAUGAACAAGGACGCUUAACUGUGACGGGUCAUAGGGAGGGGUCACCUUCCUUAGACGAAGACAAUUCUUCUCAUGAAGGCAACGAUUCUGGGAGAAUAAACGAACGCGGUCAAAGCAUGUGCCAGUCAGUAGUUACAUCAGCAAGCACACGUGAUAAUCACGUGUUUGCCACCUGCGCGCAGAAUUUCUUUAACCAACAGUCUCCUAGAGACGUAUCCGUACUUUCUGCCGUUCCUAUGGUAACGAAUCCACCAGUGUCGGCUUUAUCGUGUCCGGUUCAGAAUACGGUCAGCACUACAACUGUAACUACGGCAGCAAAUUCUCAGUUUCCUCAACAAAAUCAUGCGUCAAACGCCAUUUCAAUCAAUCCGCUCUCUCGAGAGACGUCUUCUAACUCUGGAAUUCAGUGGAAUUCAGUCUUUGUUCACCCACGUUUGGCGGACUUAAGUAGCAGUCCGUCUAGCGACUAUGGCAGUUAUAUGUCUGAUGCGGGCACCCGGCUUAGCUUCUCAGGAUCCGACUCGUUGAGCGGUGGACUAAGUGCUCAGAGUUUCCCCGACUCUGAUCAAGCUAUGUUUGACGGCCCGUUUCGCUUACCUCUUCCGGUAACCCGAGAUUGUCCGCUGAAUUUCGCUGAUUCAGCAAAAAGUGACCAGGGGUUGUCGCAAGGGAUGUGUUGGCUGGCUGAUUGCAGCCCCGGGGCAUCCCAGUCUAGCGGCAACGAUGUACCAGUUGAUACGACGGACUUUUCACCUCUUGAAUUGCUCGGUUUUGACGACAUGUUCGAUUGUAAUCUGAGUAACGUGAUACCGGAGUGCCUUAACUCACCGCCGAAACAAAGCGAAAACAUUCCUGCAACGUCCGUCGGCGAAAAUCUCCAUCCUACUUAUUCCACAGCUUCAAAUACAUCAACGCAAUCGUCAUCACUCACGCUCAAUUCGUUCUCUGCAGACAGUUUAGUCAGUCAACCACCAGGGACUUUCCACGUCACCACUCCCGGUUUGUCAUCGACAACUUCGUACGUGUUCGUGAAACCUGUCAGUCCGGUAAGAAACACCGUUGUGACGUCAUGUUUUGUCAGCGUUUCAAAUAACACGCCUUCGUCAUCAUCCGGGGUAUCGGUUUGUAGGGCUAGCACCCAGUCUCUUGCUGGAGGCCAACGGGAGGGCAGUGAAGUUACUGUGCCCGACAUAUGUAUGACUCCGGUGGUUUCACAGCCUACAUCAAACCAAGUUGCUCAUGGCUCAUCUGCCAAGCCAAACUCAAACCAUCAGUCCUUAUCAAGUGACAUAAACAACAACACUUCACGGCCGAUUGAUGCUGGAGAAACCACGACUUUCACCUCCUCUCCGCAUCCACGAAAUCAUGUCGUACCAGGCUCUGCGCGCAUUACGGAUUUUUCACCCGAGUGGUGUUAUCCCGAGGGCGGAGCUAAAGUGCUCAUUACUGGUGAAUGGAGGACCGAGCAGGGCGUCUACACGUGUUUAUUUGACGGUUGUAGCGUGCCUGCGAUCUUGUACCAAGCAGGCGUUUUGAGAUGCUUUUGUCCGUCACAUGACCCAGGCCUGGUCACCCUUCAGGUGGCUUGUAAUGGAUUUAUCGUUAGCAACGCCUGCGUGUUUGAAUACCGUGCACGUGAUUCGCCGGCGGGCAGCUCCGGCUGUCACGAGUGGCUUACCACUGAUAGCGACCGGUUUAAACUUGCUUUACUGGAUCGCUUGGAGAGACUGGAGUCUAGACUCAAUGCAAGCCAGACAAACAAUUCCGAGAAUCAAUCUCAAGGAAAUCAGUGCGUGACAUUCGAAGAUCGUCUCAUCGCUGCUUGCGAGAUUUUUCAUCGCUCCAAUUGUCCCAUUAGAAAUCUAACAAAGAUCGAGAAGCCAUUUCGAGGCAUGACACUGCUUCAUUUAUCCGCUGCCCUUGGUUAUAACAGACUCGUUUGUACACUGCUCAAGUUUUGGCGGGAAAGCCAAAGCGCGCUAGUCAGAGACGAAUUAAACCCUCUCAGAAAGGACGAGUUUGCGUGUACGCCCCUAACAUGGGCAUGCGCAUUGGGAUGGACAGACGCGGCACUCAUGUUGUUAGAGACAGAGCCCAAAGCGUUACUGGAGCCCGAUGCUCGCGGGCGUAUGCCACUGCAGCUGGCAAGAGAUCGAGGUUUCCUGGAUGUAGUGGACAUUAUUGAGGAUUCAGUCACAUCUUUUCCAAACAGGUGGGUUUAUUAGAAAAAAAAACGUCAACGAAGAAUACGAGUGAGAGUAUCACAAAGUUAGCUAUCACAAAGAACAACAAUAGUUUAUUCAAUCUGAAAAUAUGUUACAGUUAUGGUACGCACAAUUAGCGCAGCUAUUCUAGGUGGGAAACAAUACAGUAAUAGUCUUCUAUAAAUAAAUACAAAGUCCAAAAGUCGGGGGAAAAGAAAGUGAAUUCAGAGGAAGCAAAAAAAUGUCGCACAAAUAGAACGGAUAGUAGUAAAUGGUAAAACUAAAACUAAGUACGAUGGUAAAAGAAAACUAUGGAUAGAAGGAAAGAAAACACAUUAACUGAAUACGGAGUUCAGGUAGGAACUGGUAAUAGCACUCAUAUCAACAUACACUUUCUCAGUAUCCAAAACCUUGAGCAUUAGCUUAUGUAAUUUACGCUUGAAAGGGUCUUUUCCCUUGUUCGCGUGACUUGAGAGGAAUUUUGUUCCAAAUUCUUACACCACUUACGGAAAAAGAUAACAAUGGUUGAUUGAGUCAAUAUCUACGGACAUGAGAAUAACAUGUAGUCGACUUAAAGUGCGUAUAGUCAAGGGAAUUUUUAGAGAUAUCGUGAAGCUCAUAGAACGAGUUGUUUAAUUAGCUUUUUUUUCCCUCCAAGUUGGUAGUGAAACUUGGCUUCGUAUGCACUUUAAAUUACUGAAUGUUGUUAAUAUUUCGUGCGUUCAUUUUAUUUCUCUAUAGGCACAUUUUUCUCGGUGUGGGCCAUGAUUCAGACGUCACCUCAUCACCAAUGGCCUCAUCUUGCGAGAGCUCUCCUCAACCUUCUGCCUUGGCCCCUCAAUCUCGUAUCCUUUUGGCACCUCCUGUGGACACCACCAUGGAGGAGCGAGCGGGUUCCCCGAUGUUUGUUGAUGAAGAUGAGAUGGAACCACAGUUUUCGAAAAAGCCAGGGAACACUUUGGCUAAAACUUUAGUACAUAUUCACUCCAUGAUCAGCGAAGCCGAACAAGAAGCCGAACUCGGUCAUCGUAUACCCGGGCAUUUAUCACCACUUCACGAAAAUACCGAACUUGUUACUGGUUCUUGGAGCUCCGCUAUGAGACUACGCACCUUCAGUUCGGCUUCCUCCCAGUCCUCUCCUCUGACACCUUGCUCCUCCAAAUCUUCACUCUCUCCAGGCUCUCCCGGCUUUCUAAACUCACCCCAUUCUUCACCCGUCGGACCGGACACAACAGAAUUCCAGGAGUUUAUUUACAGUUCUCGUAAACUUCUGGAAAGAGAUUUGUCUGAUCUCACGCUAACAGAUCGUGAGCAAUGGGAACUAUAUGAAGCUGCAAAGAUAAUUCAAAGUGCUUACAGGAACUACAAGGUAAACUCAGUUUACCCCAUCUGCCCCCCCUCCCACUCAUCACCACAACCCCUUCGCUGGCUGAUGUUUUUGCCUUUUUGCCACUGCGGAGCCUGGUCCCAGGCUAAAGUGUCACUCCAAAGCAUGAGGGAAUGAGGGUCGGGAGGUUUAGGACUAGGUAUCUCUAGCAACACCUCCUUCCCUACCCCCUCGCGCACCGCAACAACUACAACAAAUGUCUUACUGGCCUCUCUUUUUGUAAAUUCUUGUUCUUUGUAGACAAGACGUCAUCAACAGGAACAAGAAAUAGAGGCGGCUAUCUUGAUUCAACAUCAUUAUCGAAGAUAUAAAGAGGUAAUCGUCCUUCUAAAGCUCUGUUCACCCUUUACUGGCCCAAACCUGAACAACUUUGAAUUGCACGGCUAUUGCCUGGAUAUACUAGAGAGCUUUACAUUCUGAGACGAGGACGACUACGAGUACGAGAUUUUCUCAGUAUUAAGUAGUGCACGCGCGUGAACCAACGUCAUUUUGGCGGGAAAACGUGAGAGCUGUCGUUAUUAACGUAGCGGGAAGCCAUGGGUAUGCAAAACCAUAGAUUGCUUCUGACCUAAAAGAAAACGUGUACAUAGUAUACUCAGGAACCCACUUUUUGUCCCGACCCUGUUCUGCGGCACCCAUAUCUUGCCUCAAUUCUCGAGUGGGUACUUGAAGAAACGGUGUGUUCACAUUGUUGCAAAGGUUAUGCUCUACUCGGGCACCGUGCCCUGGCAGCAAGCGUGAACCCUACCUAAGUAGUACAUGUUUUUUUUGUUUUUCCCAGUACAUCGCGUUUAAAAAGAUGACACGGGCAGCCCUAAUCAUCCAAAACCAAUAUCGCACUCACCGUGAGCACGAGAGGUUCAAGAAAAGCAGACGAGCGGCAGCCAUCAUUCAAAAUACAUUCAGAAGUUACCGGGAACGACGUCGGUCCACGCAGAGGCGGAGAGAACAGAGACUCAGCAAGCGACAGGAGGCGCGAUACAUACAAAAGGCAUCCAACAGGUAUUUAUACCGCGUUGAAUUUAAA